GCGUCUCUGCGUGCGUGCAUUUGACGCGCCUCUCUCCUCUGUGCAGCCCUGCGUUUGGGGUGAAGCCGCAUAAAAAGCGUUUCCACAAUGCGGGCGUGAAGUGCUCCAUGGAGUAAAUCCGGAGGGAGGAGGGUCACCGGCUUCACACCGAGCCCGUGCGCCAGGCACCGGAGGAAGGAACAAAAACAAAAAAACAUGUCGAACCGAAAGCACCGGGACAACCAGGAGAUCUGCGCCCGCAAGGUCCGCGAGCUGGCCCAGUCUGGAGUAAACAAACACUGCUUCGAGUGCAACCAGCCCGGGGUGACUUACACCGACAUCACGGUGGGCAGCUUCGUCUGCACGUCGUGCUCCGGAAUGCUCUUCAUAAACGACAGACCGCUAGUUGGUCAUUUUCCAGCUCUGAGUUACGUUUCAUUUCGUCAUGGUGCAGGUUUGACACAACCCCCCUCCUCUCCCUCCCUCCUCUUCCUCUAUCUCUCUCUCUGGCAUAUUUGACACGUGCUGCCAAAGCUCAACUACAAAAAAGACAGCAACUGAAAUUAACCAACCACAUAAAUAACAACUAUAGUCAUUAGAAUGAAAAUAGGCGAUUAAAUGA